AUGGAGGGCAUCACUCUGGUCCUGCUCUACGUUGCCAUCCCCAGUCUCCUAUUCUCUGCCAUCCAACAAAUACUGUCAUGGAGGAAGAAGACGCUCGGGUCGGAGCCCAAGUUCCCCGGACCGAAGCAGUACCCCAUCGUUGGCCGCAUCCAUGACCUCCCUAGAUUCUCCAUGUGGCUGAAGUUCAAGGAGUGGGCGGACGAGCACGGCCCCAUCUACCAAACCCACGCCCUGAAUCAGACCUUUAUCGUCGUGUCGGACGAGAAGAUUGCCGAAGAGCUUCUGAUCAAGAGGGGCCAUAUCUACUCGGGCCGUCCACAGAUCAGGUCGCUCAUCAAGCACAAGGAUGGACCGGCAUACUCUGCUCUCAUGGACCGCCACGACAUAUGGAAGACGCAGCGCAAGUGGUCGCAUGCCGCCAUGGCCGAGGCAUAUAAGCACCACUUCUACGGCCACGCCGAGAAGGAGAUGAAGCGGUUUCUAGGCCUAAUUUUGCUAGAUCCGGCUCGCUUCCUGGAGUACACCCGAGAGUAUUGCGGACGCGUCAUGUCCAGGCUGGCCUGGGACGAUGCGACACAAGGCAAGGCCAAUGGCGACAGCGCCGACAAGACACUACACUGCAUGAGCGUGUCGGGGCCCAUCACCAACACCGUGACGCCGCUUUGGUACAUCCCUUCAUUCAUUAACCCGUGGUACAACUACGAGAUCCAGCGGGAGAAGGAGCAGCGCGCAUGGUGGGUCAACAACUACACGCUCGCCAAGUAUCGAAUGCAGCAGGGCGAACUGCCCAGCGACACGUGGGCUUACCGGUACUUUGAGCAGCUCCGCCGCGAAGGGAACGAGAGUCUGGAGCAGGAACAUGAACAAGAGGACUUUGCGAGCUGCAUGAUCGGCUUUCUGAAUCUGGUGGGCGUCGUCACCAUCAGCGGCCCGCUCAAGUUCUUCCUCAUGGCCAUGGCGCUGCACCCGGAGUGGCAGAAGAAGGCGCAGGACGAAAUCGACAGAGUUUGCGGCGACCGGAUGCCAACAAUGCAGGACUUUGCCGACCUACCAACGGUCCGCGCUUGCCUUAAGGAGACCGUCCGGUGGAGGUCUGGGGUUCCGCUCGGUGUCCCACAUCAAGCAGAGAGAGAUGACGAGUACAGGGGGGUCAAGAUCAAGAAAGGCACAAUCAUUCUUGCCUGCGAAUGGACUCUCAACCGCGUACCCACCAAGUAUCCCGAUGGCGACAACUUCCGCCCCGAGCGCUGGCUCGAAGCUGGCUGGCCGACCUAUCAGGAGCCUCUCACCCGGUAUCCCAACUUCCGCGAGGGCCAGGCCAUGCACACCUUUGGGUGGGGCCGGCGGACGUGUCUGGGCCAGAACAUUGUCGACGACGAGACGUUUGUGUUUGCCGCCGGCACGCUGUGGGCUUUCAACUCGGGCCCCAAAAUGUGCCCGCUCACUGGCAACCCCGUCCCAAUCGACACGCAGGCGACCAACAGCCACGUCAUCCUCGAGCCCAGCCCGUUCCAGCUCUCCUUCAAGCCCCGGAGCCCAGAGCGUGCGAAGCACAUCUUAGACGGAUAUCACUCAGUGCUCGCAGAGCUGAAGCUCUGA